CUUCUUCAAGGGAAAAAAAGAAUAAAAAGAAUUAGGGUUUUGAAGAGAGAGAGAGAGAGAUAAAGAAAAAGAAUGGACAAUGGUUGUGGUGGUGGAUCAGGCGGUUAUGGAGACAACAAUAAUAUGAGUGAUGGAGUAAGAGGAGGGGCCGGGCCAUGUCCAUGUCCAAUGAUGAUGAUGAUGCCUCCUAAUUCUCAUCCUCUUCUUCCUCCUUCACCUAAUACUAAUAAUAAUAUUAAUAACACUGCCACUAAUACUUCUACUAAUCCCAACUCUCUUUUUCUUCCUCUACCUCUUCUCCUUCCUUCAAACCCUUCACCCUGUUAUCUCAUGGAAGACACAAACAACCCUAAUUCUGACAACGUUAAGGCUAAGAUCAUGUCUCAUCCUCACUACCAACGUCUCUUGUCUGCCUAUGCCAAUUGCCAAAAGAUCGGAGCACCACCGGAAGUGGUGGCAAGGCUAGAGGAAGCAUGUGGUUCUGCCGGAGGGAUGGUCCGAUCUGGGUCUAGCUGCAUCGGGGAAGAUCCGGCGCUGGAUCAGUUCAUGGAGGCUUAUUGUGAGAUGCUGACAAAGUACGAGCAAGAACUAUCGAAACCCUUUAAGGAAGCUAUGGUGUUUCUCUCAAGAAUGGAGUGUCAAUUCAAAGCCCUAACAGUUACCCCUUCAGACUCUGCCUGCAUGGGAGGCGAGGGUUUGGAGCGAAAUGGUUCAUCAGAAGAAGAGACCGAUCUGAAUAACAACAACAGCAUGAUUGAUCCUCAAGCAGAAGACAGGGAGCUUAAAGGCCAACUCUUGCGCAAAUACAGCGGUUAUCUUGGCAGUCUUAAACAAGAAUUCAUGAAGAAAAGAAAGAAAGGAAAACUGCCCAAAGAAGCAAGGCAACAAUUGCUCGAUUGGUGGAGCCGUCAUUACAAAUGGCCAUACCCUUCGGAAUCCCAGAAACUUGCGCUGGCAGAAUCGACGGGUCUGGAUCAGAAGCAAAUAAACAAUUGGUUCAUUAACCAGAGGAAACGACACUGGAAGCCAUCGGAGGAUAUGCAGUUUGUGGUGAUGGAUGCGGGUCACCCUCAUUAUUAUAUGGACAAUGUUCUUGGUAAUCCCUUUCCAAUGGAUCUUUCUCCUUCCCUUCUUUAAA